AUGGUUAUGGCUUCUAAUCGUACUUCGAAACCAUCGCCUCUGGGCUACAGUCUCUCCCCAAACUCUAGUCCCUUCGGGACUCCUCGAUCAACUGGUAACAUAAAGCGAACAUCUUCCGGAGCAUUCACACAAUUAUCUAGUACGCAGAUUCAGGAGCUGAAGGAGAGUUUUCAAAUGCUGGAUAAAGACGGUGAUGGAAUUAUUGGCAAGCAAGAUCUUGGAGCUAUGCUUGGGAGCCUCGGUCAAGACCCAACUCCAGCGGUGAUCAAUGCGCACUUGUCUUCCGUCCCCACACCCUUCAAUUUGGCCUCUUACCUCACUCACCUAUCACAACAUCUGUCCCUGCUUACCCCUGGACCCGACCUCCUAAGCGCGUUUGCGGCGUUUGACGAUAACGACGAUGGCACAAUUGAUGUUGCAGAACUUGCGGAAGCGUUGACAAGCAUGGGUGAGAGAAUGAGCGAGGCAGACAUUGAGCGGGCGUUGAAAGGGUUCACGAAGAGGAGAGCCUUGGGAAGAGGGCAGACUCACGGUGGAGAUGUAUUCAGGUACAGGGACUUUGUGGAUGUGCUCUCCGGGAAGGAAGAGGAGAAGGAGUAAUGCAUUUUUUGUGUGUGGUGCCGGUAUUGGGGUAGGGUGGGAGCUAUUGGAAUUGGUACUGCUUUUACGAUUGUUGGGGAAUUUUUUGGUUUUGGGGUGCGUAACGACUGUAUUAUAUCCUUAGGCUCAAUACAUUUCGAAUAGGGAAUUGAUGAUCUUGGAUAAGUUAGA